ACGGACUGUCCCUUUGUUGGGUAACUUUGGAACAGGUAUUCUUUCACUGCUCAGUUUGAUGUAAAAUAAAUAUAAAAGCGCCCAAGAUAUCGCAGAAGGGCUCUUCUAGCAUAUUCACUGAGGGUAUAUAGAAGACCUUAGUUUUUGCCAGCAUGGAUUUCCUUACCGUAUUCUUCGUUCUCCCCACUAUAUCUUCCUAUAGUACCAGAGCCAAUGUGAUAUUCUUCUAUAUGACAUGGACCACUCUUGUGCUCUCACAUACCGCUCUACGGAUUGAAUUGUUCGGCACGUUGCUUGUGCGCCUAAUAUUCUACCUUUUCCCCUCCAUUGUCUUUUUCAUCCUCGACAUUGCUGCUCCAGGCACAUCCGCUUCCUUCAAAGAGCGAGGUGAAUCCGGUCUACCAACUGGAAGCAAGCGUACCAAGCCUUCGCUGAAGGAACUUAAGAUUGCUGGAUGGUCGCUCGCUAACUUGUUGCUGGGAAUCGCCGUGCAAAUGACGAUUGAAGCGUUCCUUAUCAAAACUCCCAAGUUGCGACCUGCAGUACAGAUGGCCCUCAGCGUCCCAAUGCCUUGGACUAUCACGAAGCAGCUUUUCUGGGGAUUUCUCCUUCGAGAGAUCUUAUCAUACACCAUCCACCGCUUCAUCAUCCACUCCAAAAUCCCCGUCUUCUCCCUCGUCGCUCAAUUCCACAGAGCCUGGCACCAUGCCCUCCGCGCCCCGUUUCCCCUAACAGCGCACUACGACCACCCGCUUGUCUACCUCCUCUCAACAUUCAUCCCGAUGUACAUCCCAAUUCUAUUCUUCCGUUACCACAUGAUCACCUUCCUCGUUUACAUGGUCAUCAUCUCAAUCGAAGAAACAUUCGCAUUCUCUGGAUACUAUGUGCUGCCUAGUUUCCUGCUGAACUGGGUCGCGCGCCGAACGGAGCUCCAUCUUGCCCAUGGCGGCAAGACGCAUUUUGGGCGCUGGGGCGUCAUUGAUCUCCUUGUGGGAACGGGGUGGUAUGGUAGUGAUAGUGUAGCUGGUUGGGGUGAUGAUUCAAGGGGCGCAGAGAGUUCGAGGGGUAAAAGUGGUCUCGGGAGAGGGAGGAAGUGACUGAGGGGGCUUUGCAAUUAUUGGGAUUUGGGAACCUUGCUGGUUUAUUUGGUGGCGUUGGAGUCUGGGUUUCCUUUUGUUUUAUGUUAUUGUAUAAUAGGAAGACCGAGAGUCUCACUUGCGCCUAGUGGAAUCGAAAUUAUGUUGCGUUUGGGCCAUUAUGUAAUAAGUAGACAUGAAUAGAAGACGUUGUCAGCUACUUAGGUAGUUGGGUGGGAUAUGAGGUUCGCGUUGCGUUGGGACGGGAGUAUGUAUGUAGAAAGAAAGCUGCAAGUAAAAAAUAUACAGUUAAGAGAGGAGGAACCAACUUAACAGAAUUCGAGUCCCGAUUUCAGAACUUCCAUCUAAAUCUG